UUUAAGAAAGAAUAAAGGAGAGAGAGAGAAAGAGCGAGAAAUUAGCCGAGAGAGAGUUGCGAAGCUUCACACUGCUUCUUCGUUCGUCUACGGCUGUUUCUAGGGUUUUUAUAUCGGUCCCUCUUCCCCGUUGAAGUCUUCUUCUCUUCCAAUUUCCUCUCCGUCCAACUCCUUCUCUAAACCCUAAUUUCGUCUUCUGUACUCCUUCAAUUCGUCUCUGAAUUCGAAUACUUCCAGCCAAGUUUUUACGGGACACACAAUGGGCGCGCUGGAGAGAUCACAGACCAACUCCAAUUCGAUGCAGCGCGUUAAAGUUUACCGAUUGAAUGAUGAUGGCAAGUGGGAUGACCAAGGAACAGGCCACGUCACUGUUGACUAUAUGGAGAGAUCAGAGGAGUUGGGGUUGUUUGUCAUUGACGAGGAAGACAAUGAGACUUUACUUCUGCAUCGUAUCAGCUCAGAUGAUAUAUAUCGGAAGCAAGAAGAUACUAUUAUUUCAUGGAGAGAUCCAGAAUAUUCAACAGAGCUAGCACUCAGUUUUCAAGAGGCUACAGGAUGCUCUUUCAUUUGGGAUAGUAUAUGCAGCGUACAAAGGAAUCUUCAUUUUAGUAAUCUUAGCAGUGAGGCAUUUCAUAGUGUGAAUAGUGAGCUACGGGAGCUUCCUGCCGUUGAGCUAUCUACACUUCCGCUAAUACUUAAGACUGUGGUUGAGAGUGGAAUUGCAGAUCAAAUGAGGUUGACAGAACUUUUAUUGAAUGAUCAGGAUUUUUUCAGAAAGCUGACAAACCUUUUCCGAGUAUGUGAAGAUUUGGAAAAUAUUGAUGGUCUUCACAUGAUAUUUAAAAUAUUUAGAGGAAUCGUUUUGCUCAACAGUCCGCAAAUCUUUGAGAAAAUAUUCAGUGAUGAGCUGAUCAUGGAUAUUAUUGGUUCACUUGAGUACGAUCCUGAAGUUCCACAUCCCCAGAAAUUUCGUAAUUUCUUGAAAGAGCAUGUUGUAUUUAAGGAGGCUAUUCCCAUUAAGAACCCCCUUGUUCUGUCAAAAAUACAUCAGACAUAUAGAGUUGGCUAUUUAAAGGAUGUUGUUUUGGCACGAAUGAUGGAUGACUCCAUGGUUGCUAGUUUGAAUUCAAUUAUUCAUGCCAACAAUGCAACGGUUGUUACUUCAUUGAAGGACGACAGUACCUUUAUUCAGGAAUUGUUUGCUAGGUUGAGAUCCCCCUCCACAUCUGAUGAUUCCAAAAAAGACUUGGUUUAUUUUCUGCAUGAGUUUUGUUGCUUAAGCAAAAGCCUCCAAAUGGUACACCAGCUUCGGUUGUUCAGGGACCUAAUGAAUGAAGGUAUCUUUGACAUCAUUACUGAUGUAUUACAGAGUCAAGAUAAAAAGUUUGUCUUAACUGGGACAGAUAUCCUCAUUCUUUUCUUGAAUCAGGAUCCAAAUCUUUUGCGUACUCAUGUUGUUCGACAGGAAGGAUUUCCACUCUUUGGACUACUGGUUAAAGGUAUGGUAACAGAUUUUGGGGACAACAUGCACUGCCAGUUUCUUGAAAUUCUUCGUAAUCUAUUGGAUACUUAUGCAUUGUCUGGAGUCCAGAGAGAUACAGUUAUUGAGAUUUUCUAUGAGAAGCAUUUGGGCCAAUUAAUAGAUAUUAUAACAGCAUCAUGUCCUACAGAAAGUUUUAAAUCAGCCAAGAAAAUUGAAGGCGCUGUUGAAGGACUGGGAGAUAAGAAUGGCGUGAAGCCUGAGAUUCUGUCAAACAUAUGCGAAUUACUUUGCUUUUGUGUUCUCCAACACCCAUAUAGAAUAAAGUCUAAUUUUCUCCUAAAUAAUAUGAUAGACAAAGUGGUGCUAUUGACACAACGGAGGGAAAAAUAUUUGGUUGUUGCUGCAGUUCGAUUUGUUCGUACUGUUCUUUCACGCCAUGAUGAGCACCUGAUAAAUUAUUUUGUCAAGAACAGCACUCUCAAGCCUAUCAUAGAUGCUUUUAUUGCUAACGGAAAUCGCUAUAAUCUACUUAAUUCUGUUGUUUUAGACCUUCUUGAGUUUAUAAGGACGGAAAACUUGAAGUUGUUGAUUAGAUAUAUAAUUGAUUCCUUCUGGAACCAGUUGUCCCAAUUUGAAAACUUGCCUUCCAUUCAAGCUUUGAAAGUUAAAUAUGAACAGUGCCUUGAAAAUUAUGAAAUGAAAGGCACUUUGGAGACGUCUGAUCCUCGAAAAAGAAAUGAUGAGCGUGCUCUAGAGAAAGAAGAGGAAGACUAUUUCAAUGAAGACAGCGAUGAAGAGGAUACUGCAUCUGCUGCUCCCAAACAGAAUGUACAGUCACAACCUGCUUUAUGUAAUGGCGUUACUACAAAUUACCCACUAGUAAGUCUUAGGUCAGGUGGUCUAGUUGAUUAUGAUGAUGAUGAGGAUGAUGAAGACUACAGACCCCCACAGAGGGAUCAACCCGACUCUUCAGAUGAAGACAACGAAAUGAUGGAAUCCCUCGGGCAGAAGCGGAAGUUGGCUCCUCAAGAGGAACCUCAGAUGGUCAAGAAGCAACAACUGAGCAAGAAGUACAAGCCAAAAGAUGGUGUAUUAGCUUCCUUGUGUACCACACUGAGUCAGGCCAUCUUACCUGGUAAGAAGACAACAAACGCUACUCAAACUAGUCUGUGUACGCCAUAUGAGAACAAAAGCUCAGGUGAAGCAAAUCAUGAGACAAGUCCUGCUAUUUCUAGCAGCUCUUCUGACAGUAGUAGCAGCAAUUCUGAUGAGGAAAACCGCAGAGAAAAAGAAUCUACAGCUUCUAGAAGUUACCCCAACAGUAGUAUCUUACAUAUUACUUCAGAAAACCGACAGUUAGGUGGCGAUGACCAUCCAUUGAUACCGCCAAAAUCCUCGACCGAAAUGACUGUAAAUGGAUCUUUAAGUUAGUAUUAGCACCAAUCUUCUAUCUGGUGCCUGCCAAAUUUUUAUGAUCUUUCAUGGAUGUGCUUGGUGAUGGGAAAUACUUUACUCUGUGAGAUUACACGAAAAGAGAUCAAUGCACUCCCUGAACGAAAGUGAAUCAACAGAAUCGGAUCAUAGUUGGGUUUGGGGAUUUCGAUUUAAGCCGAAGACGAGGACAUCUUACUGUAUAGUGCGACUGAGCGGGGAAGAUACCUUCUACUCUCUCAAGUUUUACCUCCAGCAUUUUUACUUUCUGUAAAACAUUUGGGCGUAUUAAUUUUGCUGGUUAGCAUUGUCACCUUCUCCUCUCUGUCUCAACUUACUCUCCCUCCCUCGGGGGAUUACAGCCUCGUAUAAUUAAGUUCGAACCAGACUUUGAAAUGUUAUAGAAGAGGGCAUAAAAUUUUGCCCUAUAUAUUCAUCUUUCGUUUAGUUUAGGCGACAGUGUUCUGAAAGGUAGAGAUGAAUAUACAGUGUCGAUGAGAGUCGAAAAUUUUAAAGAUUUUUUAGUCCAAAUUUUAAAGUUGUAGAGAUGAAUCUCAUUUAUGACAACAAGUGUAAAUUAAAUUUUAGUGAGUUCACCUGCUAGCUUUGUUUGUGAAA